ACCACCACCUCCUCCUCCUCCUCCUCCACCUCCUCCUCCUCCUCCUCCACCUUCUCCUCUUUCUCCUCUUCUUCCUUUACGACGACGUACGACGACAAUCUUCUCGACGACAGUUACGGCAAAGGAUGAUACACCGACGGGACAAUAGAACUCGCACGAAAUUCGCAUGAUACCUGACAAAAACCGUCUGAACUCGACGUCUCUUUCUAUCUCUCUCUCUCUCUCUCUCUCUCUCUCUCUCUCUUUCUCUUCCUCUCUCUCUCUCUCUCUCUCUCUCUCUCUCUCCCUUUCUCUUCAUCUCUCGCGCGCGCACGUCUUGCCAAGUAUAACCAUUACAAACGGACGGACGGACAGAUGAACGGGGCACGUUUUUCGGUGUCGCGCGCCUGCACACGGUGUUGUUACGCUCGUCCAUAAGCAUUUCUUAUUGGUCGGAACGUUAGGACCAAUCGUAAGGCUUUGUUAAUCGGUGCGCGCCAACGACGGUCGCGCCGCCUCGCGGUACACUAUCGAACUAAUCGCGAGAAGAAAUUAUCAAAGAUUAAAGCGUGAAAAUAGACCGAGUUUUAUCUACACUCUUCCUUUUUUCUUUUGUGUAUGUGUGUGUGGGUUUUUUUUACAUUGUUUUAUCUUCUAUCGAUUAAAUUUUUUCUUUUAAUAUAUACAUAUAUGUUUAAAUAUAUAUAUAUUUAUAUUACUUAUAUAUUCAAUAAGUAAAUAUAUAUAUAUAUAUAUAUUUAUAUUUAUAUAUUCGUUGCGUGUUUAACGUUAAUACAAAAGAUAUAUGGACAUACAAUAUCGAUUCGAUUAAUUUCUUUUCUUCAUCGUGACCCAUUAUAGUAAAAUAUUGCGUAUCAUACUUUUGCAAUUCCAUCGACUCUUCUCACUAAGAAUUUUACAUAACUGAGGAAAUACAACAUACACUUUUCAUCAGAUGUGAGUUAUUAUAUUUUCAUAGUGGAUAAAAAUCAUAUUCGUUUGUCGUUGAAAAAGAAGAUCGUUGAAUCAAGCUCGUAACUUUUCCGAUUUUCGUUUCGUUGGUCGUCAUCAAAUCGAUAAUGUUAUCGGAAGCUGUACCGUUUUGUUCAAAGUAUUGGUAUCAUAUCGUUAUCUUUUUUGUGUGCUUUUGUUAUUUCUACGGAGAUAUACAUCGUCAAAUUAAACGAAGAAUUUCGCCGAUUUUUACAAAGGUUUUUAAAUAUCCAGAUGGUAUCAGAACGGAUCAGAACGAAGCAUUAGACGAAGUGACGGAUAUUAUAGAUAAUGACGAAGAGGAAUUCAUGGAGUCUGCUUUACCGAAAGAUUUAAAACACGUACCUUAUCAGUAUGUUAAACCAAACGAGAAGGAAUUGUUAAGACGAGCGAAUAAAUUUUUUGAAAUAACAAAUGCGAGAAGAACGAUAAGAUAUUUUGACGAAGAAAAUGUUCCGAAAGAAGUAAUACGUUAUAUUAUUAAAGCUGCAGGCACUGCUCCCAGUGGUGCUCAUACAGAACCAUGGAGUUUCGUAGCUGUAUCGAAUAAAACAAUGAAAAGUCGUAUUCGUGAGAUCGUUGAAAGAGAGGAAGAAAUUAAUUAUAAAAAAAGAAUGGGAAAAAAAUGGACGUCGGAUCUACGUCCAUUGAGGACUAACUGGAUCAAGGAAUAUCUCACGACCGCGCCAUAUUUGAUUCUAGUUUUUAAACAGGUUUACGGCAUCUUACCGAAUGGAAAAAGAAAGUACACCGGUCUGGUCACUUUAACUUCUACACCUUUAAAUUGUGGCCCAGCGAUACGUACUCUACUUGGACGUCCCUCUAACGAAAAGUUGCUUUUAUUAUUACCCGUUGGUUAUCCUGCAAAGGAUGCUACCGUUCCUGAUCUUCAACGCAAAUCAUUAUCGGAGAUCUUAACAGAAAUCGAAUAAUAUUGGUUGCCUGUUUUGUAACCUUUUCAAUAAAAUUAUUAUCAAUCUGUCAUCAGUAUUGAAAA